CCUCCUCCCUCCUCCCUCCUCCCACCUCCCCCCUCUCUCCCGCCCCCUCCGCCGCCCGACGGGAUCCCAGGCCGAGGGGCGGCCGUGCCCAAAAGCCUCGGCGCGGGCGCGGUGUGGCCGCACUCCGCCGCGGCAGAGCACCCAGCCGCUGGCCCCCAAGGGAGGUGGCCGUGGCAUCGCUCGGACGUGUGCGUUUUUUCCUCGGCGAGGACCAUCGAGGAGCAUCCUUGAUCAUUUGGCGAAAACCACGCACGAAGCCGAAAGAAACACAGGGAAUGGACGUCCGAGCGAUGGCCAGUGGCCGUGGCGGACCUGCUCAGCCCCUUCCCGCAGCUGAACACGACGCUGCUCAUCGGCGGCAACAGCCACGCGAAGCAGGACGAGGCCCUCAAGUUCGACAGGCCGGUGGUGGUUGUCGGUACACCUGGGCGCAUCCUCGACCAUUGCGAGGAGGGCCGGCUGGUCUUUGAGGCGCUCAAGGUCGUGGUGUUCGACGAGGUGGACGCGCUGUUCACGUCCUUGUCGCGGAAGGACCACUUGCAGAUGCUCGUGGAGAGGACCAUGGAGGGCACGGAGGCGCAGAAGAUCCUCGCCUCGGCCACCGGUGCCACCAGCGAGGAGCUGGCCGAGUUCGCGGAGCAGCACCUGCGCAAGCCCUGGCUGGACUCUCCCUGGCUGGGCGUCGAGAUGCCCUUGGGCGUGCUGCACUUGGCGAACGGAGCCCCCGACAUCCCCAAGAAGCUGAAGUUCUUGCAGCGCUUGACCUCUAGCAUCGAACCCGAGCCAACUGGCAUUCUCGUGUUCUGCAACAAUGUCGAGCGCGUGCGGAAGGUCUUGCAGGAGCUCAGGCGCAUGGGCAUCCCGUCGCAGGCGCUGACUGGCAACCGCAGCGCGGCGGAGCGCGUGGACGCCAUCAAGAACUUGGGCAAAGGCGUCAUAGAGGUUAUCGUCUGCACCGACGUGGCUUCUCGAGGACUUGACUUCAAGGAGUUAUCCCACGUUGUCAACUUCGAGAUGCCCCCGGACGCGCACGCCUACGCGCACCGUGCCGGCCGCGUCGGCCGUGCGGGCAAGAGCGGCAUCGUCAUAAGCCUUGGCGGGGGCGGUUCCGAAAACAACCGGCUGACCAACUACGCCAACGAGCUCGGCAUCACGGUCUCUCGUGGUCGGGCCCGCGGCGGGCGCGCAGGGAGCCCCGGACCGCCGCCUCCGCGCCCUCCGCCGGGCAUGAGAGGUGCACGAGUGCAACGUGGACUCAGGCCUGCUGCAGGUGUACGACCCGCGGGAGGAGCGAGGGCGGCGGUCGAGCCGCCCGUGGUCGGGUGGGCCACCCCCCCCCCGAAGGCGGGCCACCGCUCCGAGGAG